AUCCACCAGCAGCCAGGAAUCCAAGAAAUACUGUCAGGUUCUAUAAGGAAAGUAGUGAUGGAUACUUACCUGGCUGGGGAGAUACCACGAUCACCAAAAGAAGUGCUGGAAGUUGAUUACACAACUAACGGAGUGUGUAGUGGGAGAAAAAACUCCAGAAACUAAAACGAUCACUUUCUUUCAAGACCAAGAGUUUACGGAGCAAAAGUGCUGACAACUUCUUCCAGCGAACAAACAGCGACGUGAAGCUGCCAGCGGAUAUGCUGGCAGAAGUCAGCCCUAGUUCCAGCCCACUGCCUGCACCUGGGAGCCUGACAUCCACACCCACCAGGGUUGGCCUGCACCCCAACAGUGGCAAGGCACAUGCCUUUCAAGAGCACAUCUUCAAGAAGCCCACUUUCUGUGAUGUCUGCAACCACAUGAUAGUGGGAACAAAUGCUAAGCAUGGACUGCGCUGCAAAGCCUGUAAGAUGAGCAUCCACCACAAGUGUACAGAUGGCCUCGCACACCAGCGGUGCAUGGGCAAGCUGCCAAAGGGGUUUCGGCGUUACUACAGCUCCCCUUUGCUCAUUCACGAACAGUUUGGAUGCAUUAAAGAAGUUAUGCCCAUUGCAUGUGGCAAUAAGGUGGACCCUGUCUACGAGGCCCUUCGCUUCGGCACUUCCCUGGCCCAGAGAACAAAGAAGGGAAGCUCUGGCAGUGGCUCUGAUUCACCUCACAGAACGUCGGCUUCAGAUCUCGUGGAAGUUCCUGAAGAAGCUGAUGGGCCAGGAGAAGGAUACGACCUAAGGAAACGCAGCAACAGCGUGUUUACAUAUCCCGAAAAUGGCACGGAUGAUUUCAGUGACCAAGCAAAGGACAUAAACCACCAGGAACCUCCUUCCAAAGACCCACUACAAAUGAACACCUAUGUUGCCUUGUACAAAUUUGUGCCACAAGAGACUGAAGACUUGGAAAUGAGGCCAGGAGACAUGAUUACUCUUCUAGAGGAUUCCAAUGAAGACUGGUGGAAAGGAAAAAUUCAAGACAGGAUUGGCUUCUUUCCAGCCAACUUUGUCCAGAGAGUACAACAAAAUGAGAAGAUUUUUAGAUGUGUUAGAACCUUCAUUGGGUGUAAGGAGCAGGGACAGAUAACGCUGAAGGAGAAUCAGAUCUGUGUGACUUCUGAAGAAGGACAAGAUGGUUUUAUCCGAGUCCUCAGUGGGAAGAAGAGAGGCCUUGUCCCCCUCGAUGUCCUGGAAAAUGUCUGAAUGUGGGUCCCUCCUCCUUGUGCAGUAGGCAAGCUCUGCUGUGACGCUGUCUGCUCAUCUCACUGUGUCCCCCCAGACAAGCUGCCACACUGACCGGGACCCGCAGGAAACAGGGAGAGGGAGAGAAGCAGCCACAAAUCAGAGGGCCCGCCGCACGACGUGUUCAGGCUGCCUUAAGUGCAGAACAGUCUGAGUCGUUGGCAGAGCUGGUGCACACCUGGUGGUGGCAGCAAGGCCGUCAACCACAGCUGCCCACAGGAUUCAACUCUGUUCCUGUCUGUGUGCUGCGAGUCAGCCCACUGGAGUGUGCGCCUGGUCGUGGCGUGGCCCUAGUGCUAGGUUCAGAUCUAGCUAGCCAAGGGUUCUUCUGGUUCCAGACAUUUGUCCCCGGUAUGGCCGAUCAACAUCAUCACAUUUCAAAUCCAAGCAUUGUCUCUGCAGAAAAUCAAGAAGGCCUCCUUCCUAGCUCAACAGUCCAGGGCUGACCUGCAGGCCUGGCUUACCUUGUGCUCCACUGAUUGUUCUUUAUUUCUCUUCAGUCCUCCACAUAAGUCCCAGUGACGUGGAUUAAAUGUGAGGGCUCAGUUGACUUGGCUCAAACCACCAAGCUGUGACCUGCUCCACAACUGCAAACAGCAAUUCUUGCCUCUUUGGUUACCAAUAAAGGUAACCGAGCAGGAUCUGGACAUAGAUAUAAGUAGGAAAGGGAAAUAGGAGUAAGGAGGGGCUCAGAGCCCCUAUCUAUUGAUAUAAAAUCUUUUUCCUGAAGGAGGUGGGGCUAGGAAAGAGAAUGUGGCAAAAAGUCUCCGUUCUCAUUUUAUAUCUUCUCUGUUGGGAGCCUCGCUCUCCCUCAUGCUAUCCUGUAGGGCUGUAUUUUUUAGGUUGAGCCCAUGUGGUAGGGAGCCAGAAACACGGAAGGUAACCAACAACAGCAUCUUAGAAGUGUAGUGAAAUCGGAAUCCAUUCUUCUUUAGGGAAGUACAUUAUACCCUAGCAGAUGUAAAAUGGAAAAGAAUCCUUAAUGCUUCAUCCCUAUGAAAGUAGGGAACGUGGGGCCUAUUUAACAUCAUCUAGGGGAAUCUAUCACUCUGUUUUUGUACUAAUGUUUACAAGAAUACAACAUACUGUGAUGCCUUCCUCCGCAAGCCUCCUCCUAGAUUCAAACUUGCAUCCUAGUAGUCAUGACUCUGUUUAAACUUCAAUUCUCAGUGACCUUGAAAUCAAUGUCAGUUUGAUUUAUUUUGUUACAAAGCAAUAAAAUCAUUAGAACAAUUGGUUUUUAAAAGACUUAAAUGGACGCAUCCUGUGCAUGUAAACAUUGUUUCCCAAACCAAAGCAUCAUUAGUCUCCAUUUAUUUCUUUUGUUACUGCUCAGCAUGAAGUUAGCUAAGAUAGGGUGGCUGCUGGUUUCAUAGUAGUUUGGAUGCCUUACUAUCAUUUUAAAGCCAAUAUCCAGGAUUUCCUCCCUCUCUGGUACAACACACAAAACCAGGUGCACAGAGUGAAGAUAGAUUCUUUGACAUCUUGAGUAGAUAACAUGACUGCCUUUCUAUAAAAUUGUAUGCUGAAUACCAACACUCUUUGCCUCUAAUUCAAUUUUUCCAUUUAAUAAAGACAACACAGUGGCUAGAAGGAGCCGAGAGAACAUGUGUUCUGAUCUCUUCUUUGUGGUGAUCGAGGCUUUUUGGCAAAUAAUGUCCAAUUUGCAUUCUUAAAAAUUAGUUUUCCUUUUCAAGUUGAAUGGCAGGAGGAUGUGGUAUCCAGCCUCCAAGGUGGUCCCCCAGUGAUGCCUAAUUCCUGAUGCCAUUGCCUUUGUAUACCCCGCUCCCAGGAUUGAAUGAGGACUUAUUUAUGAGGUUGAUGGAAUAUAGCAAAAAUUAUAUACAUGAUAUCAGAGACAAGGUAAAAAAAAAACUUGCAGCUUCUGAUUGGAUCUCUUGGAACCUUCACUAUUAGAACCCUGAGAUGCCAUGUAAGAACACUGGGCCCACCAUAGAAGACAGAUCCAGUGCAGAGACCACGUAUUUCGGCAGCUGAGGUCCCACUAUAACAAAGUGAUGACGAGUUGUAACUACUGAGCCCCUCCCACUUAUAGAUGUAUGUGCAAAAUAAAUAUGUAGGGUUUUAUUGUCACUAAG